AUGCCAGACAUCACACUAUACUUUCUGCAAGCCUCUCGCUGCAUACGCACAGCCUGGCAACUCGAAGAAUUGGGUCUAGACUACACCCUCGAAUUCACAGACCGCGAGAACGGAAAAGCACCCCAGCACUUCAAAGACGCCUCUGGCGACGCACUAGGAAAAUUUCCUCUGAUCAAAGAUGGAGAAUUGAUCGUGACGGAAAGCGGCGCUAUAGCUGAAUAUCUCUGUGAAAAAUACGAUACCUCGCAUAAACUGCUCCCUGAAGACACAGCAACACGCAUCCAAUGUCUGCGUUGGCUGCACGCCGCCGAAGCAACCUACGCCCUCCACGCCCUAGCCAUCCUCUACACCCGCUGGUUCGGCGCCGACAACCCCUCCGCGGCCGAAAAAACCGAACAAGGCAUGAGCGUAAACGUAUGCAACGACAUGGAUUUCCUAGACGCAUCACUGGCGAAAAACAAGACCAAAUUCCUGGUGGGCGAUACCGUUACAGUGGCUGAUUGCAUGAUGUUGUUUUCGGCGCAGUUUAUUCUGGCCAGGCAGUUGGGGACCAAAGGAAGAAAGUGGGAGAAUGUGGAGAGGUGGAUUGCCGAGUGUGAAGGGACGGAGAGCUACAAGCGUGCGCUCGAGAAGACGGGACAUGAGUUGUAG